AUGGCGUAUGGUGUCUCCGUGGAUACGGCAGGUGACCCAAGUCAAGCUUUGGCAGAUGCCGCAGAGUGGGAUGAGACUGCCAGAGAGUCUGUUUUGAGGGAUUGGGCUUUCAAUAGCGGAGCCUACAUGAACAAGGGCAACCCCUUCAGCAGUACGUGGAAACGCGAUUUCUACGGGGAGAGUUACGACCAGCUUCUAGAGGUCAAGUGCAAGUACGGUCCGGCUAGAAAUCUGUUUUUGUGGAGUGUUGUCGGAAGUGACAUGGGGAACCACGAUUUGCACAGUGGUCUGCUUUGUCGGGUGGAAUAG